AUGUCGGUGCUGGAAGCGCCGUCGCAGGAGCAAUGGGAUCUCGAAGCGCAUCGCAUUCGAAUCCCGUCAAAUGCUGGUCCGAACCAGUUCGCCUCGACCUCGACCUCAUCCUCGUCUGCCAGCUCGGAUGCCAAGCAGGGUGGAUUCUUCUACAUCCCCAACUUUAUCACCGAGGACGAAGAGCGCUUCCUGAGCGAAUCAAUACUUUCGGCGCCCAAGCCCAAGUGGAAGAUGCUGCAGAACCGACGGCUGCAGGAGUGGGGCGGCCAGAUUCAUGCGAAGAACAACACGCUCAUGCCGCAAGCCAUGCCCGACUUUUUGCGCACCUAUCCGGACCUCGUGACGCGCCUGCGCAACACGCAUGCGUUUGAUGCGGCGCAGCACGGCGAGCCUAACCACUGCCUCGUCAACGAGUACCUUGCUGGCCAGGGCAUCAUGCCUCACGAGGACGGGCCGGCAUACUUUCCCGCCGUCGCCACGAUCAGCCUUGGCUCACAUACGCUGCUCGACCUAUACCGCUACGUCGACGAGGAUCUCCAAAAGGACUUUGACGAACGCAUGAAGGAGCACGACCAGAAGACCACACAGCAGUCAUCUGUAGGGACAAACGAGGAUGCCGAGGAGAAUGGAUCGACCAAGUCGCCGAUCGUGCCCAAGGAGAGAGUGGAAGGCAACGUGAGGAUCGUGCGUGGCGCGCGGGCCAGGGAACCAUCGCCGGUGUUUUCGAUCCUGCAAGAACCGAGAUCGCUGCUGAUCACGACGGGGGACGUGUACAAGAGCUACCUGCACGGCAUUGCCGAGCGCAAGGUGGACACGCCGGCGCAUCUGGCGCACGUCGUUAACGCAGAGCUCCUCUCGGAUCCGCGCUUGCGUGCUGCGGUCGAAGAAGCCAAGAAGAAUGUCGGCAGCGACAGCCAGGAUGCAGAGGGCCUCGAGAGGGACACGCGGCUCAGCCUCACAUUCCGCGACGUGGAGAAGGUGAGCAAAGGCGUGGCGGCCAUGAUGGCAUUCCUCCAGGGCGGAAAGCGUUAG